GCGCAAGAGCCGGAAGAGGAGACCGCCAUGGACACCGGAGCCGUACCAGAUCCGGAGGAGGGGACCGUCGUCAUCCUCGAUUCGGUGAUGCUGGAUCGCAUCGGCCGCACCCACUGCCACAACGGCCUAGGCGCUGCUCGCAAGGCUGUCAAGGGGAACAAGACCGCCGUUCAAGUCGACAUGGACAGCGGCCGCUCCUUCUACGUCUCCUUCACCCUCGCGGCUCCUCCACAAGGGGGGGCCUCCUACCUCGAUCUCCACUGGCCGGAAAGCUCAGCCAAAUCCGUGUCCCCCUUCAAGCAGCCCGCCUAUCCCUACGUCAGGGCAAUCGACAAGGACCUCGUCCUCUUCCACGUCUGCAUCCUGAGCCAGACUCGCCACUGCGCCUUCACGACACAUCUGUUCGUCUACACCGCCGCCGGUCCUUCCCCCUCGGUGCAGCAGCUCCCUCUGUACCAUGAUGACGGGAGGACAAUGCCGUUCCUGGGGGAUAAGUCCACCACAGGCAUCCUGCGGCGCCAAGAAGGCCGCUACAUCGUUGCCGACCUCAACCUCUACGGGAAAGAAAAUGCCACAGGCAAUUAUUACAUGUGUGCCGAACUCUGCAUCUUCAACUCCAACUCCAGGUCACGGAUGUGGAGGCUCUCUAUCCAGGAUGCCCCAAAGCCGCAGGACCAGAGCAAUGGCCAGUUCCCCACCCUCUGGUCAACCGAUCAUGUGCUCGCUCUUGAUGGCCGUUUCAUGUGCUGGGUUGACUACUUCAGCGGCGUCCUGCUAUCUGACUUCUGUAAUAUGCGCUUAUCUCGGGUGCUCCACUUCGUGCCUUUCCCUGGAGAAGAAGAGUACACUGCAGAGGUACGUGAGGAAAGGUGCUUCGCGCAGAGAUUCCGUAGUGUGUCCAUCAGCCAAGGCAAGAUGCGCUUCGUCCACAUUGACAAUGACUUGCACACCGAGUUACACACUGGCUGCCAAGGGCAGCGGCCUAGCCAAAAAAUCACCAUUUGGACUUUGAACAUGAUGGAUGCUAACUCCAGGUUCAAGUGGGAGCCACAUCAUGUGAUCGACCUGGAUCGUCUUUGGCUGACAGCUGACACCUAGUGUACCUCGGCGUCUUCCUGAGUAUCCAAUCAUCACCCCCAAUAACCCGGAUGUUCUGUACUGCCUGUUAAGGAAGCAGGAAUUUCAUGGUGAGGCCUCCAUGAUCAUGGUUGACAUGAACCCUGCAUCUCCGUGGUUGUGUACUCCAUAUAUCAAUCGGCGGUCUGUGCAUGUGAAAGAUCACAAAAGCGAGUUUUCUAAUAUGCCCCUCCUUCCAACUGUCUUCUUCAAAUACCUUGAAAGUUCAACAGGGAUGCCAUGGGACAAUGACAAGUUUGCAACUCGUCCUUCAAAGAAAUUAAGGUCUGCAACGUGUGAAGACCUGGAGUCUGGUGACUGGUGUUGAACAUUUCGGGUAUGCUCAUAUUGAAAAUGAUGUUUGUCAGUGGUCUGGUACAGUUAGAACCAAGUCAGGCAAAAUAUGGCAUUGAUGUGAUGAAGAUGAUGCACUGAUGUUAUCUAUUUGAGUGAACGAUGCAUGUUCCUGUAAUCGUAUGUUUAAUUAAGAGCCCGUAUGUUUUAA